AUGGGCAGUCGUGUACCUGAGGUUGUCGAUCUGACUUCCGCCACUCGCCGCAAUCCAAUCGCUUUGUCCUCCUCCCCACCCUUCUCAAGCAACGCAUCGUCUUCCCACAUUGAGCAACACUCUGCCCGGGGACCGAAGCGCCAACGCCAAAAUGAACAUCACCGGUCUGCGUCUUCAUCCUCGGAUGUCUAUCUCGGAGCAGAAGCUAUUGAAACCAUCGACAUGACCGAAGAAUCCGAUGCAAGGGACCUUGCCAGAGCGGUUGCGAAGCAGCGAGAAGAUGCAAUCAAAGCCCAGCAAACCACAGAGAAACCCGACAGACCACUCAAUCCACUGGUCGCUUACAUAUGUCCUAUUUGCAUGGAUACACUCACGGAUGCGACAACUACUUCAUGUGGUCACUUGUUCUGCCACAAGUGCAUUGUCGACUAUCUGACAGUCACCGAAGAGACUCGCACGGAUUCCUCAAAACAAAACAAGGGUACCUGCCCUGUGUGUCGCAAACCGCUUUCGCGCAAAGAUUCCACGAAGAGCAGGCAUAGUCUCAUUCCUAUCCAAUUCAAACUUCACACCAAGACCCGAAGCCAGCUCGAGGCUGCCCGGAAUGGUGACAAGAAAGAAGAGGAAUAA